AUGUCGAACAUACUUCCGGCAUUUCAGCUACCAGGAGAUAACAUAUCUAUUUUAAGAGAGCCGAAUGGAUACUAUCAAAGACUCCUGGAUAUGAUAUCCAGAGCCAAGCAGCGUAUCGUAAUUUCAACUCUGUAUAUUGGAGAAACAGAACAUCAACUUGUGUCCACGCUCUCGGACGCAUUGUCUAGAAAUAGCGAGCUAGAAGUAACAAUUCAAGUCGACGCGCUUCGAUCAACACGCCCCUCCAAAACACAGACAUCACCUGCACACUUGCUGCUCCCAUUGAUCGAUGCUUAUCCAGAUCGAGUUCAAGUUAGACUAUUUCGAUCCCCAAAACUUAGUGGACCCAUGCGUUUUCUAGUACCCCGGCGAUUUGACGAAGGCUGGGGAACUUGGCACGCCAAAGUCUAUCUAGUGGAUGACGAGGUUUUGUUGAGUGGAGCAAAUCUCAACUCGUCUUACUUUACAAAUCGACAGGACCGUUAUAUCCAUUUUACCAGAUCCCCAGAUAUAGCCGACUACUUGGUUCGUCUGUUACGUGUAUUUGCAGGGUAUUCGUCAACUCUACGAGCUACCUCUGAGUCUUCAUUGGGAUAUGCCUUGGAUUGGCCGCGUCACGGUUCUUCUCGGUAUAGUUUUGCAAACUUGGCAAAGGAGGAGAUCAACAACUUCCAAACUGGAGUGCGUUGUACCAAACCACAGGACGAUACCGGCAACCAGGUUGUUGUGUUCCCCAUGGUACAGUCUGGAGUACUUGGAAUACAUGAAGAAGAACGAUGUUUGCACGCCCUCUUCGACCUUCUUGAUUCCGAGGAACUACUAGAGACACCGUUGGUCGAAAUCACCAGUGGAUAUUUUGCCCUCUAUGGCCCCUAUCAAGAUCGAGCAGUGGCGUCCAAGGCAGAUUAUCGGGUAGUUGCGGCAAGUCCAAGCGCGAACGGAUUCCUUGGGUCUAAGGGGCUUUCUGGUAGAAUACCUGAGGGUUACACCCUUCUUGAACGAAGAUUCUGGGAUCGUGUUCUCGCUGCACACCGACAAUGGGAUGAAGAUAAAGGGAUUGAGCUACGAGAAUGGAGUCGAACUGGCUGGACUUAUCAUGCCAAAGGUAUCUGGCUUAUGCCAUCCUUCAACGAAUUACCAUGUGCUACCCUUUUCGGGUCCACCAAUCUUAAUUCCAGAUCAGCUCAUCUCGACACCGAAAUCUCAUUUCUUCUCUCAGUCCCUGAACACAAUAACUCAUUGCGAACCGCCUUAAAGAACGAGAUUUUGAAUAUAAAGAAGAAUACAAGCAAGGUCGAUGAGCACACGUUUGCAUCCCCAGAAAGGAGGGUGAGCCUAAUAACCCAGGCAAUUGUGGCUCUUGUGGGGGCCCCUCCCCCUCUCCUCCCCCUCUCACCUAGCAGCUUUGUGAAUUACCCGUCUGCCGCGGCCAUGAGAGAUACCAGUAACGCGACGAACCUAUUCGGGGUGCCUCCGCGUUCACCCGGGACUCAGGGUCGGCAGGUUCAAGUACGAACAAAUAUGUUUGGUAUUUCAUACCCCAGGGGGGGUCAGUGGCAUCACUAUGAUGUAACUAUUGAAGAGGACGGUGUACCAGUCGAUCUCCCACCACCUCGUAACCGGGAGAUAAUUGACAGGCUUCAGGCUCGUGAAGCAGCCAUCUUUCGGCCUCGCGGUGUUUACGAUGGUCGAAAGAAUUUGUUCUCCAUCAACCAGUUUUCAUUUCAUCCGGCAGGCGAGUUUGAGGUCGAUACCUCGGGUAGGCCGAACACUAGGCGGCCAGGGCGACGCCGGGUGGUUAAGCUCAAGUUUGCGGGACUCAUCAACAUGAGUGCACUCGACCCUCUUAUGGGCGGGCGCGUCGGUAUUGACCAAGCCGAUGCUACUCAGAUUGCUGUGACGGCUCUAAACUACGUUAUUCGUAUGGCUCCCGUUACAAACUCCGACUAUCCCCUUAAAGGGUCAUCAUUUUUUAUGGACAUUCCUGGGGUGUCGAAAGACCUAAAGAGAGGGUUCAAACUUUAUCGCGGAUUUUUCCAGAGCGUGAGGCCAGCCAUUGGUCGCAUGCUUGUGAACAUCGAUGUUGCUACUGGCGUGGUCUUUCGGCCUAUCUCCGUUUUGGAUUUUGUCAUGGAGUUUCUUAAACUUAGGGAUCCUCGCGAGCUGGGCCAGCUACAGGAGGCUCAGCUAAUCUCUUUGACGCGAGUCCUAAAGGGAGUCAAAGUUAUCGCCACUGUUCCGAGGCGAACCGACAAGACCAAAUCAAUUAAGAGCUUUCAUAGGGAUGGGCCUGACAGCUAUAUGUUUGACAAGGACGGCCAACAAGUGUCCGUAUCGCAACAUAUGCGAGACGCACACGGCGCUCGCGUUCAGUAUCCGAGGGCACCCUGCGUUAUUAUCAAUCGUGAUGCCGCUUUCCCGAUGGAAUUCCUCGAGAUUGCCCCUCACCAGAUCCUCAAGCGGCCAGUGCCUCCUGAUCUUACGCCUGAUGUGCUGAAUUUUUCCACUCAGAGACCUGAUCAGCGCAUUAGGCAAAUUACACAAGGAUUCCAGCAACUACAAUAUAAUCAGUCGGAUUAUCUUCGUGGUGCUGGAGUUCAGGUCGAUCGGGAGCCUGUCACAGUUCAAGCAAGGAACGUAUCUAACGGGACAUGGAACAUGGUCCGUAAAACGAUGUUCAAACCCGCAAAGGUUGGAUGCUGGGCAAUUGCGUUGUUUGCCCAACAAGGAGGCAAUGCCCUUGGUUCUCGGUUGGCGAAGAGGUUGGCCCAAGUAAUGAAGGAGCGUGGUAUUUUGGUGUUGGACGAUGAACCAGUUGUCUCCCAGUUCCCCGUGCAUGACAUUCCUUCUUCUUUAACACAGCUUGGAAAAGACGCGUUGCAAAGAACCUGGUCGCUCAAGGGCCAUCCUAUGCUAAAAGGAGAAGACCCUCGUAACCUGUUCAAAAUGCCUGACCUCAUUGUGUGUGUCAUCCCGUUCCCUGCGCCAGAAAUCCGGGCCGCGAUCAAACGUUGGGGUGAUUGCGAGAUGGGUGUGGCUACACAGUGUGUGGUGGGAUCGAAAUAUGCGGGUCAGAGAAAUGACGAUCAGUAUCUCAAUAACUUGGUCUUGAAAGUACACGCGAAACUUGGCGGGACCAACUUUAUCCCACGACAAGCCUUUCAGUGGGAUCGUCCAACAAUGGUGAUGGGUGGCGAUGUGAGCCAUCCUCCACCUGGUAGUCGCGGACAUCCCUCAAUUAGCGCUGUAGUCGGGAGCAUGGACAUCAAUAGCUGCCAGUACGCGGCGGACUCCAACGUUCAGGCAUCUCGCGAAGAAAGGAUUACAGGACUGAAGCGAACGACUAUCAGUCUCGUCAAGGCGUUUGCAGCGGCGAACAGGAAUACUCCACCACAGCACAUUCUGUUUUUCCGGGAUGGGCUGUCUGAGGGCCAAUUCGAUGCUUUCGAGGAGCUCCGGAUUCAACCCAAGUUAACCUUUGUAUGUGUCGGGAAGGGCCACCACGUUCGGCUGUUUGGGGACCAGCAGAAUGUCGACCGAUCUGGAAACUGCCAACCAGGCACAGUCGUAGACCAAGGUAUCACGCACCCCGCUAUAUGGGACUUUUAUCUCCAGUCUCAUCCUGGGUUGAAAGGGACUUCUUCCCCGUCCCACUAUACUGUGCUCCUUGACGAGAUGGGCUACUCUUCCGAUAAGCUCCAAAGUGUUGCUCAUGCGCUCUGUCACAUUUACGCUCGAUCAACUCGUAGCGUCAGUAUACCUGCCCCCGUCUAUUACGCUGAUAUCAUCUCCGCCCGAGGUAACUUCCAUUUUACUCCUGACGUUCACCUGUCCGACGACGGUGAUGUCGAUUACACCGAGCAACACUACCAACAGGCCUGGCGUCCAUUGCACGCCAACCAACGUCAGCGCAUGUAUUACAUGUAA